AUGGCCGCUGCACCAGCCGAUCUUAAUUGCACCGAACUCGUUGGUGCUGAUUCUAAAGCACGUAAAUACUGUGAAUACUCGGAGAAUGCGGUGAACUGCAAUGACAAAUUCUCGAGUGCAACGUGCCUAGUGAUCUACACAGCGGCAGUGAAGGUCGGCACCAGUGACGAGAGAAACGCUAAGUGCUUUCAGAAUGCUGCCAAUCAACGUGACGAAGAGGUGGUGCAGGUGGCAGUGCAAACUUGCCCAAAGACGUGCGGUUACUGUUGCAUUACGCCAGCGUACAAUUGUAAAAACAAAGAUGCGGUAAUUCAACUUCUCCUGUAUGAGCAAAAUUCUGAAGUUAAACCAUGA